UUAAGAUUCAGGAGUGAGGGCCAGCAGAGCUUAGAAAGACAACCCUCACAAUCUGCAUCCACUCCUGGCUUCACUGACUGUAACAAACCACCCAGAAACUGAAUACCUCAAUAAACAAAAAGGGAUCUCUUAAGAGGUGACAUGAACCUUGAAGAGUAUUUUGCAAGAACUGGCUAUAAAGGCUCCCUUGAAAAGCGAGAUUUGGAAACCUUAACUGAUAUAUUCCAGCACCACAUCCGCGCUGUUCCCUUUGAAAACCUCAGCAUCCACUGUGGCGAGAAAAUUACUUUGGAACUGGAGCAUGUUUACAACAAAAUCGUGCGGAGGAAGCGGGGGGGCUGGUGCAUGGAAAACAACCAGCUGCUGGGCUGGGUCCUGAAGUGCCUGGGGUACGACACCAGCUUCCUGGGAGCGUAUGUGUUCAACCCCCACCAAAACACAUAUGCCACCCUCAUGACCCAUCUCCUGGUAAAGGUAGUCAUUGAUGGCAAAGCCUACAUCGUUGACGGAGGCUUUGGUGUGUCCUAUCAGAUGUGGCAGCCCAUGGAGCUCGUGUCGGGGAAAGACCAGCCCCAGGCUCCCGGCGUCUUCCGCUUCACGGAAAAAAACGCUGUCUGGUACCUUGAGAAAAUGAGACGGAAACAGUGUAUCCCCAACCAGAACUUCUCUAAUUCUGACCUGCUGGAGAAAAAAGAGUGUCGGAAGGUUUAUAUGUUCAGCCUUGAGCCACGGACAGUGGAAGAUUUCCGUUUCCAGUGCACGUACCUUCAGACCUCUCCAGAUUCCCUCUUUACAAAGAAGUCCAUCUGCACCCUCCAGACCACCGACGGCUUCCGAGCGCUAAUUGGGUGGACAUUCACUGAGACCACGUACAACUACAAGGAAAACAUGGAUCUGGUGGAGUUUGUAACUCUUGAAGAUGAAGAGGUGGAAAAAACCCUCAAAGAGAAAUUCAACAUUACCCUAGAUAGAAAACUCGUCCCAAUUAAUGUUAAAGGAUCUUACACAAUCUAGAUGAUCAGGAAAACCUACAACAAUGCUACGUAGGUACAGUACCUUCCACUGUCUGUGCAAUCCCUUCUGCAAGGUUAUGGGAUUCAUUUACAGGUGACUGAAAGACAAAUACAUUAAUAUGGGAUUAAAGUGAAUUUCACUUUGGGAAAAAUUAGGAAUUUAAGACUCUUGAGUCAGUCAGAUAGAAUUAUUUGCUGCGAGAUGACUGCCGUUUAAUUUUUGGCAUGAAUGUAGGAUCUGAUUUGAAUCUGGUUAUAAGCUUGGGUAAGAAAUAUGUCUGGGGUAUAUUGGACUGCCUGUAGCACACAAAUAGGAGUAUGGAUUAUUGAUUGUGAUGUGCUGCCAACACAUUUUCUGUGGUUUUUAUAGGGAGACAAGUCAUCUGUGAGCAUUUAGACAAUGAAGUACACAUUUAAAACUUCAUUUUUCAUAAGAUCCGACCACUCACCACUCAUGUCAUUUCUCUGCCUUUGUCAUCUUUGAAAGGAGCAUUGGGAGGCAUAAUUCUUUUGCCAUCAUCCUUAGUACAACAUAGUACAAAAUGAAAAUUAUCAUCAUGUGCAUCCUUUUGGCCAUUACUGCAGUAAACCAAACUACCAAAAAGUAAUUUUUGGUAUGUACAGAUUUUUCUGGUGAUGAAAAUUCUAUAUAUUGCAGUGUUAUUGUGGCUGAUGGGCUCUAAGGAGAUAACUACAAGCUUUGCUUCUGAUAGGUAAUCAUCCUAUAAAUGGUGAUUAAACGUCACAGCUGGCUUAGAUUUACUUUUGUCCCAAAAGGGGUAGAAAUGUUGUAUUUUUAGUAUUUCAUUUUAUUUGUAUAACAAAGGUAGAACAAUGAAGCUAAGCCCACUAUAUCCUUAAUUCUCUACUCUCUGUGUAUAGCAAACAUAAGAGUCCAUGUAGCUGUCCUGCAUGGGAACUGCUUAGCACAGGAGCUUAAAUGUCACAAGGGAGUUUGCUCAUCUGUAUCAAAGUGAAAACAAAACCAGGAGCCAGCCAAAUCUAAAAGAAACUCUUUCUUUUGAAUUAUUUCACAAUCACGUUUCCCCAUUUUUAAAAAAAUAUUGUUCCUCCUACCAUGCUUCUCUGCAAAAAGCCCAACCAAAGGGAAACAUUCUUAAAUACAUACAAAAAUAGCAGAAGCAGUGAAAAACACUCUUUCUCCCCAGUCUAUGAUAAGCCUGAGUAUUGGUCAAAUGUUGAUUCCUCCCACUGAUAGUGUAUUUUUGCUCAAAGGCAUCACCUGAUCGUUAAUCUCACAAAUGCUGUAAGUGUAUACCAGAAAAUAAAUAAAAGGAGAAUAAAACCAUUAA